UCAAGAUGUUCAUCCUCACCAAAUUCGCCGACCUGGUGCAAAUCUCUCCAGAAGAUUUCUCAAAGCACAGUAUUGUAGCGAUUGAGGACAACAUCAAUGCCAAAUACGCAAACAAGGUGGUUCAAAAGAUCGGACUGUGCAUAUCUCUGUUUGAUGUCCUAUGGACGUCCGAAGGCUUGAUAGGCCACGGCACCGGCCUCGUCAACGUCAAUGUCGAGUUUCGGAUGAUCGUCUUCAGGCCCUUCAAGGGAGAGGUCAUGCUUGGCAGGAUACGUAGCUCGACUCCUUCUGGCAUCCACCUGAGAACAGACUUUUUCGACGACAUUUUUGUGCCGUACGAGGAGCUCCCCCAGGGGGCUGAAUAUAACCACAGCGAACAAAUCUGGAUAUGGAACUUUGACGAAGAGCGCCUGUUUUACGACAAUCACGAAAUGGUCCGUUUCCAGGUCAUUGACGAAGAAUGGCACGAUCAGACCCCAGUCGGGCCCACCCAAGCAGAAGACACGCCGGCGAAGACGCCUUACAAGAUCAAAGGCAGCAUGGCUGCCGAAGGUCUGGGCGUGUGUUUGUGGUGGGAUGGUGCCUGAUUGGAUGAUUUACAGCAGCUAUACAAAGUCUACACCUUGAUCCUCUCCAGCAGUCGCUCCUCGAUGCCGUCCAGGACAGAGUAGUGCUCAAUGACGGCCAGGUUCUCGGCUUCAGCCUUGAACAUCUUGCUCGGAUCCUGUCCAGGAGCCAUGGGUCCAACGGGCAUCUGCUGGGCCUGCAUCUGCUGAGCAAUUUGGCUUGCGGCUGUUGACUUAUUAGACCGGAUCGUUCAGUAGGGGUUGCGUUUGUCAACUCACCAUUGUCACUACCAAGAAGGAACACAUAGACAAACUGCAGACCGAAAAUGCACAAAAAGUACCAGCUGAUGCUGGACAUCCACCGCG